UUCCUGUGUGUUGAAUCACCACGUGUUUCUUUCAGCUGAUCAGUUAAAGGGACCGGCAGCUCCCAGCCAAUCAGCGUGGAGCUCAGACAGAUGACGUCAAGGAGAGCCAAUGUAAAUGCACGAAGGGCGGGGCCCCGCGAAAACACGAACGGUUGACUUGCUAACGUUUAGCAUUAGCUGACAAACACACACGCACGCACACACACACACACCGCAGCAGAGCUACUCACGCGCUGCUCCCGCCCUCUGAGCCGCGGGAAGCGAGGCUUCCGGUUUGUUUUAACGUUAAACCGGUUUCACUCGUUGUUUUUACUCACGUUAAUCUGGUUCACGUUAACGUUCGCGUCUUUUUAACGUCACCGGACAAACUCACCGAGCUCACGCGGAAACCACAGCAGCUGUUUAUAUACAUGGCGGUGAGCGGCGCCCCCGUGUGGCGGGAGGAGUAGAGGUCCUCUCCCGGUAGAGAUGGUUCACUCCAUUUGUCCCAUUCGUUUUUACUCGUGUGAUGAUAAAGUGAAUUAUUGCUAACCGCGCUAAAUGUGAACACGAGUCACGUCUUCAACUCUGUAACAUCCGGUAGCAACCGCUGAGUUUAUUUCACCCGUUUGAACCCGGAAGUGAAACAUGUAAUAUGUCGUGAACCGGAAGUAGUUUAGCAGUGAACGUGCUUCAUCAACGUGUUUGUGGAGAAAAAGAGAAAAGGUUAAGAAACUCACCAUGACGUCGUUGGCUCACCAGCUGAAGAGGCUGGCACUGCCUCAGAACGACCCCGCCUUGCUGAAUCGUAAAGAGGUCGUCUCGCUGCUCUUUGACCCCAAAGAUGCUGCGUCCAUGGACAAAAACAACUUCUACGCCCUCGGCUGUACUGGGCUGGAGGAGCUGCUGGGAAUCGAACCAGCGUUUCUGGAGUUCCAGGACACUUUGUUCAGCCGGGCCUCGCUGACGCUGGAGCGCAGUGUCCAGUCCAAAGAGGUCAAUGAGAAGCUGGAUGCCAGCAUCUCGCUCUUCCUCACCCGCCUCUCUCCGUACUUCCUCCUUAAACCAGCUCACAAGUGCAUCGAGUGGCUUGUUCACCGCUUCCAUGUCCACCUGUACAACGCAGACAGCCUGCUGGCGUGUGCGCUGCCGUACCACGACACCAACGUGUUUGUCAGAGUCCUGCAGCUGCUCAGGAUCAGAGACGCCACCAACCGAUGGAACUGGCUGCACUGCCUGCAGAAACCAGGUGUGCCGUUGUCCAGAGGAGCUCUGAUCACUCACUGCUACACAGACCUGAGCUUCAUGGACUUCAUCUGCAGCAUAGUCACAAAGUCCAUCCAGGCGUACUCAGGACACUCUGGCAGUUGCUCUCAGCUCAGAGUGAUCUUCUCAUUCUACGCCUCCACCAUCGUCCCCACUCUGGACGCCGUGGACAAGGUGUCUGACACCAUCAUUUCCAAACUGUUGCCGUACGUUCAGAGGGGUCUGAAGUCGCCGCUUAGCGACUACAAAGCCGCUACCUACAUGAUCGUGUGCCAGCUGGCAGUGAAGGUGGUGAUGGAGGCGAGUCUGGUCGACAGCCUCGCUGUGCACAUCAGCAAGUCGCUGGUCAAAGAGCCUGUCUUGGCUAAAGAAGGUCUGGGCUGCCUCAUCGUGCUGCUGCAGAAUCAGAAGGAGGGCGCCGCCGGGCCCAGAGCCUUCACCCGCCUCUGCUCGAUGCCGUCGCUGGCUUCCACACUACAGGUCAUGGCGGCGGUUCACGAUGUCAGUCCUCUGUUGCGUCACCUGCUUCCUCACCUGAUCCACCACAUCUUUACCAGCAGCUCAGGUGAAGCAGAGACGGACAAGCUCAGCGUCCUGGAGUCUGUCCUGAAGUCUGUGCCUCUCACCAGAGGCCUGGAUCAAACUGUGGCUCGUUUGUUGCUGGAUGAGUAUCUGACUCAGACUGAGCUCUCUGCUGAAAACCUCUGUGCCCUCGACCAGCGCCUGCUGCCUCUGGUCCGACUGUUCGAGUCCAGAUACUGUGGAGCUGUGGACGGCCUCCUCGCAGGUCAUGUGACCGACCUCAGCAGCCCUGAGCAGAAACAUCUUUUCCACCAGUUUCUCUCUCUCUCACUGAGCAGUGGAAAGUACCAGAUUUUGGGCGACUCGGACACGUCGCUGCUCCUCAGUCUGAAACACCCGCUGCCUUCAGUCAGAGUCUCUGCUGUGGAGCACCUGAUGAGCAUCAUCACCUCCGGACAGCAGCAGCAGAGUCUGGAUGAAGACUUCCUGAAAGACGCCGUAAUUGACCGUGUGAAGGACGACGUUCCAGAGGUUGUGACGGCUGCUCUGAAAGUCCUGGAGGUUUUGUUUGAUGUUUUUGAUCCUGAAGAAACGUUGUCGUGUUUAAUGUCACUGAUGGUCCGAGUCGACCUGUGUGUGUCCGAGCACUGGCUGCCGGUGCUGAAAGAGGCGGUGCGUUUACUGACCGACCCGCGGCUGGGAAAGGGCGACGUCGAGCGGGUGCAAAGAAUAGGCUGGAGGCUGCUGCCCUUCCUUGUGGUCACCGGUGCUCGGGCAGACUCCGCCCAGCUCAGCCUCACCUCCUGCAUCGCUCGGUCCUCCGUCCUCGCUCAACACCCGCUCGCCUUCAACUGGGCUGAAGAAAUGGACGAGCUGAUGAAGAGAAGCUCUGAACACGGAUUUGUGGGUUUAGUCAACCAGAGUCUCGUCUCCACGUUAACCAAGAACCUGGCGAACAUGGAGCACUUCUCCAAACGAGACGCUUUGGAGAAGUUGGUUUCUCUGGUGGAGCAGCAGUGGAGCUCCAACCUCAGAGAGAGGACGUCCUUCUUGGUUCUGACCCGGACUCUGCUGCUCUGCCUCGGGGAGCUGAGCGAGACGCAGCACCUGCUCACCGCCCAGAGGGUCUUCUCGCUGUUGGAGCCCCCCCUGCUGGAGCUCAUUGCCAGGGACGAUGAUGUCCAGAAAGUUGGGCGUCCUGUGUCCGUCCCCUCCUUGUUCUCCGAGGCUCUGACCUUGUACCUGAGCAGGUGUGAGCAGCAGCCGGGUGAACGGCUCGUUGCAGAGUUUGGCUUCGUCCUCUUCUCUCUGCUGCGAGACUUCACCUCCACUCUCAAAUGUGACGACGCCUCUUUUAAAGGUGAGGUUUGGUGGAACCCGGAGAAGAUGGACACCAACACCUGCUGUUACCUGGGAUUAAUCUGCCGCCUCUUCAGUGUUGUCAUCAGUGGCGCCGGAGAUGGACCGACAGCCGGGAGCUUUAGGGAGAUGAUGAAACUGCUCGUCCAGGUUCACCUGCCCGAGCCGCUGAUGCUAUUCAGGUUCCUGUGCAUGCUGUGGGGAUAUGGCAGUAACCACGGCGACCAGCUGGAUGUGAAGGUUGACGCUGUCCUGCAGACUCAGGCUCUGUACAUGGGCCAAGCUGUGCUGAGCGUCCAGCCCGCCACCGUGCUGCAGGAGCUGGCUGCGGCCAACUCCCCCG